CCCCCGGGUGGAAGUGACGCUACCCCCGCUGCCCAAAAUGUCGGCGCCCAGAGGGAGGUGUAAGUAAUUAAAGAGGAAAGCCGACUGACUUUCCCGGCCUCCCGGGGCCGCCUCAGGGCUCCAGAACCCCCGCUCCGUACGAGCAAGGUGGACUCGCCCGACUGCGGGUCUAGCCUGACCUGCCCCCGCCCCGGGCGCCCGGGGCCGCACCUUUUAGGGACAGGGGGGAGGGGUACAAAAGGCCGACUCUAGGGGCCUGGGUCCUCGAGCUGACUGGGGAGGGGGGCUCAGUCCCGCGGGCGACUGGGUGGGGAGGAGGCGGGGCUUAGUGGUGGCUGGGGCGGAGCAAUGGGUGGGCGUGGUUUAGAGUUGAAAUGGGUGGGGCUGUGGGUAGAAAGUGGGAGGAGCUUAGGCAAAGGGGUGAGGUUUGACAAAGGGGCGUGGCUCAGUGAGAAUGGUAGGAGGGCCCUAGGUUGAAGGGUCCUAAUUGGGGCUGAGGGGGGUAAAGGGGUUCGGUGUGGAGGUGGGAGGAGCUUAGAAUAGAAGGGGUGGAGUUUGUCUAGGGAUGUGGCUUUCAGGAAGUGGUGGACAUAGUGAGGGGGGUGGGGUUUAAGCGUGUAAUUUGGGGCGUCGUAGUGGAAAUAGCAAGUCUUUAUAUUGCAGGUGAAAUGACUUACGAUGGGGAGGGUGUCAGAGAGGAAGGGCUGAGAUGGCAAGAGAGGUAGAGUGGCAGGUGGUCUUGGAAAGGAAGGGGUUUACUUAAAGGAAAACUUGAGUGGGGUUUAGGAGGCGGAUCUUAGUGGGGAAGAGAUGGGGGACUUCAAGAGGAAACUCGGAGGAACUUUGCAGACAGUGGUAAUCAAAACAGCUUACCUGUUGAGUCUUUGCUGUGCACAGGCGUCAGUAAGCACGCCGCGCGCAUGGCCACAAGUUUGCUUAGUCCUCACCACCACUCCAUGAGGUAGGUCCUCCCAUUAUUCCUAUUUUGCAGAUGGAAAGAGAAUCAGUUGGCUUUAUCCAAGGUUCCAGGACUAGUCCUGGUCUCCCUGGAAGGUUGACUCAGAGAGAGCCCCCACCCGCCACUGCCCUCGCGCCACGCCACCAUGGAUGACGCCCCGCUGCCAGCGCCCCCGGUCCCUGCCCCGGCCCCGGCUCCGCCCGCUGUUGCCCCCCGCGUCCCGUUUCACUGCAGUGAGUGUGGCAAGAGCUUCCGCUACCGCUCGGACCUGCGGCGCCACUUCGCUCGGCACACUGCGCUCAAACCUCACGCGUGUCCGCGCUGCGGCAAAGGCUUCAAGCACAGCUUCAACCUGGCCAACCACCUGCGCUCGCACACUGGCGAGCGGCCCUACCGCUGCUCCGCCUGCCCCAAGGGGUUCCGAGACUCCACCGGCCUGCUGCACCACCAGGUCGUCCACACUGGCGAGAAGCCCUACUGCUGCCUAGUCUGCGAGCUCCGCUUCUCCUCGCGCUCCAGCCUGGGCCGCCACCUCAAGCGCCAGCACCGUGGGGUGCUCCCGUCCCCCCUGCAGCCCGGCCCAGGCCUGCCCGCCCUGAGCGCUCCGUGCUCGGUCUGCUGCAACGUGGGGCCCUGCUCGGUGUGCGGGGGCGCGGGGGCUGGCGGCGGAGAGGGCCCAGAGGGGGCAGGCGCGGGCCCGGGGAGCUGGGGGCUGGCGGAGGCGGCGGCCGCGGCGGCGGCCUCACUGCCCCCGUUUGCGUGCGGUGCUUGCGCGCGGCGCUUCGACCAGGGCCGCGAGCUGGCAGCCCACUGGGCUGCGCACACCGACGUGAAGCCCUUCAAGUGUCCGCGCUGUGAGCGCGACUUCAACGCCCCCGCGCUGCUGGAGAGGCACAAGCUGACCCACGACCUGCAGGGGCCGGGCGCGCCUCCCGCGCAGGCCUGGGUCUCCGGGGCUGGCGCCGUGCCCGAGACGGCCGGCGAGGGCGGCGCUGCGGAGAAGGGCGAGGCUCAGCCGGCCUGGGACGGCAGGCUGCUCCUGGGCCGCGCCGGGGGCGGCGUGCCCGAGCUGGGGGGCCUGCUCCCCGAGAGCGGCGGGGAGGCCCCUGCGCCCGCGGCCGCGGCCGAGCCGUCGGAAGACACCCUCUACCAGUGCGACUGCGGGACCUUCUUCGCGUCGGCGGCGGCGCUGGCCAGCCACCUGGAGGCGCACUCGCGCCCCGCGACCUACGGCUGCGGCCACUGCGGGGCCCUCUACGCGGCCCUGGCGGCCCUGGAGGAGCACCGGCGCGCCAGCCACGGCGAGGGCGGCGGUGCGGAGGAGGCGGCGGCGCCCGCCCCAGAGAGGGAGCCCGCGUCUGGGGAGCCUGCGUCCGGCUCGGGCCGCGGCAAGAAGAUCUUCGGCUGCUCCGAGUGCGAGAAGCUGUUCCGCUCGCCGCGGGACCUGGAGCGGCACGUGCUGGUGCACACGGGCGAGAAGCCGUUCCCGUGCCUGGAGUGCGGCAAGUUCUUCCGCCACGAGUGCUACCUCAAGCGCCACCGGCUGCUGCACGGCACCGAGCGGCCCUUCCCCUGCCACAUCUGUGGCAAGGGCUUCAUCACGCUCAGCAACCUCUCCAGGCACCUGAAGCUGCACCGGGGCAUGGACUGACGUGGCCAGGCCGUGCGCCCCUCCGCUAGACCACCCCUCCCGAGGGCUGGACUCAGGGCCCGGGCCCAAGGGACCUAGGGACCACGAGGGAGGCCCCGGCCCUCCAGACCCAGACACGGGCCCCUGAGCUGGGGGGCAGCGAAUAAACGGAGAGAUUCCUCAGCUCCAGGCCCCCGGAACGCGUGCUGAGCACCCCCAAAUCAACAGGCUCCUAAGCUGCGGGACCUAGGAAUGAGAAAUGGGUCUCCACGAGUACGCCUCACCUUGCGGGCCCAACAAUAAAAGACGGGCACCCCUCCCCCAAGGGAAGACUGGCCCUCUCCCUAAGAGCCAUCAUUCCGACGACCUUGGUCCGGAGAAUGGGGGGGAGCCAUGUCCCCGGAUUUCCCUGGAUCCCCUCCAAAUGCUACCCACCAGAGUCACUGGUGCCCCCAGAUAAAGGAUAUAGCCGGAAUCUGCCUCUCCCCUCCCCCGACUUUAUUCCCUAUGCGGAAAGAGGACCAGGGUAGUUGCCCCCUGCCCUCAACCCCUUCCCCAAUUAGGUCUCCCUCCCCUACUAAGGAAUGGAUCGACCCUAAUGAUCUCCCCCACCCCCAAAAA